GAGGAGCCGCGCCGUCAUCUCUCCCCCCUCCUCUCUGCUCACCACAACCAAGCUCCUCGCUUCCCGGGGAUUGCGGCGGAGGGAGAAGCAGCACUAUGACUAUGAGCCCUUCCGUCUGUCAUGUUCCUUUUCUUCUGCUGCUACUGUUGCAUGUGGUCAUUGCUAGACCGUUGUUUCCACUACCAAGUAAGGCUAGCAAUGAAGAGAAGAAGCCCAUACAGACAUUUCGACCAUAUAACAUUGCUCACCGUGGGUCAAAUGGGGAAAUCCCUGAGGAAACAACUGCCGCUUACCUGAGGGCUAUUAAAGAAGGUGCAGAUUUUAUAGAGACUGACAUCCUUGCUAGCAAAGAUGGGGCAUUGAUCUGCUUUCAUGAUGUAACACUUGAUGAAAUGACUGAUGUUUCCAGCCGCAAGGAAUUCGCCAAUCGAAGGAGAACCUACGAGGUAGAAUGGCUAAAUGUCACAGGCUGGUUUGUAGUGGACUUCACACUUGAGGAACUUAAAACACUGAAACUGAAGCAGCGAUACGCAUUCAGAGAUCAACAAUACAAUGGUAAAUAUUCAAUCAUCACAUUCGAAGAAUUUAUUUCAAUUGCCUUAGAUGCAAGCAGAACCGUUGGAAUAUACCCAGAAAUUAAAGAUCCAGUUCAUAUCAACAAGCAUGUAAAGUGGGCAGAUGGAAAGACGUUUGAGGACAAAUUUGUGGAUACCUUACUAAAGUAUGGAUAUAAAGGUCAAUAUAUGUCUGAGAAUUGGCUAAAACAGCCAUUGUUUAUACAAUCCUUCGCUCCCACUUCCCUUGUACAUGUAUCAAAAUUGACAGACUCUCCGAAGAUCUUUCUGAUUGAUGAUUUCUCAGUCAGAACACAAGACACAAAUCAGUCAUUCUGGGAAAUCACUUCAGAUGACUACCUUGCAUAUAUUAGUAACUAUGUUGUCGGCCUUGGUCCAUGGAAAGAUACUAUUGUUCCAGCUGUAAAUAACUAUUUGAUGGCACCAUCUGAUCUUGUUGCAAGAGCACAUGCUCAUAAUCUACAGGUACACCCUUAUACAUACAGAAACGAGAAUCAGUUCCUGCACUUCAACUUUCAUCAGGAUCCGUAUGCUGAGUACAAUUUCUGGAUAAACACGGUGGGAGUUGAUGGAUUAUUCACAGAUUUCGCUGGAAGCGUACACCAGUACCAAGAAAUGAUAUCUCCGCACCCCAAGGAUGCAACUGCGAACAACCUCCUAGUAAAAAUUGCUCAGAUGAUCGCAGCAUAUGAAGGCCUCUGAAUAAGUGUGGGUUGCUGAUACUCACUCGCAUUUUAUGGGGAUUCAUGCGCAAGACCAAAAUGAGUUAUGCAUUUUAUGUUCCGUGGGAACCUUAGAAGGUGUUUUUUUUCUCGAACACACGCCAGAGCAUGUGUCUUGGUAUAUUAGUGGGUAGAGUACAACCACAUAGCAAAGCUACAAGAAAGAGAAAAGAAAGAAGAGAAAAUUAAAGGUAAAAAAGCAAACUAUACAAAGCUAAAAGGUAAAAAGGGAACCUUAGAAGGUCACCAACAGACAAUGUUUUCUGGUGGUUUUGGAGUUAGCACGAAUGUACCUCGCCAUUAAACCCCUGAAUCUAGAGGGAAAAUUUCUACUGUCGCAAUAAUCAUUUACCUUGAAGGUAUAUUAGAAGUUGCAAGUUGUAACAGGUAGUUCAUUUCUUAUCUGAUGGGAUUAGCUGUUGGACAAUCUGCCAAGUUGGCAUGUCUACAUGCACAAGUGGAAUCGUUAUUGGAAUGUGUUCAUGUAAAAAACAGCGUGUGCAAACUUGUGCCCGCUGGUUGCUUGAUCAGUGAUCACUUGAUCUGGUAGGCGGUGGGCAGCCACAGUCUGUGUUUGUUUUAGAGGAACCGGCUGUCAGUAACCAGCAGUUAGUUCCAGACGACUUAAGCUAGAAGUGUCAUCGCAAAGUUAUCGAUUCAGUUAAUGGCGGGACAAGGUGAAGCAGAUCCAACGGAUCCCGGAGCUUUGAUGCUACUUACUGUUUACCUUCUAUUGCCAUUACGGUUCACAGUUAUUUGCCGUUGUACCGUUCAGCUGUCACUGGCUAUACAAGCCUGGCUAACAUCGUUGUAAGGUUACCGAAUAUGCUCUGAAUUGUCUGAAGAUACAUUCAUCUAUAUUCAUAUUCGGAAUAGAAGGAGCCCUAGAUAAGCUAUUCCUUGA